AUGACUGAUGCUGGGACUAUUCUGGCGUCCGGCAUUUCGUAUUUGGACGUCGUGAUUAUAUUUAGCGUUUUUGUCUACGUCCUUAAUACUUACCUGGACUUCAGACAGUUUGGGGCGAUCUCAAAGCCAGCUCCUCCAGCGCCUUUGAGAGAAUCCUACCCGCCAGCUGAGUACAGGAAGACACAGGAGUAUCAACUAGACAAGUGGUACUUUGGCUUCUUCAGCGGCAUUUUCAAUCAUGUGCUUGAGCUGACCCUGCUCUGCACCUACUACCUGCCGUGGCUAUGGGGCAAGUCGGAGACUGUGACCCAGCACUUGGCAAAACGGACUGGCUGGUUCAGCAGCAGCGAGAUCCCCAUCACCAUCAUGUUCUUCCUGCUGGACAGCGCAAAGGACACCCUCAUUAGCCUGCCCUUCAGCCUGUACCACACCUUUGUCCUGGAGCAGCACCAUGGCUUCAACAAGCAGACCCUCAGGCUGUUUGUGUUGGACUUUAUCAAAUCGAUCCUGCUGGGUUCGGUGCUCGGGCCCCCGGUUGUUGCCGGCUUCACAUGGAUCCUGCAGCGCACGAGCGCCUACAUGCCGCUGUACCUGUGGGCCUUCUUCUUCGGCCUCCAGAUCUUCUUCAUGACCAUCUACCCGGUCUUCAUCGCCCCCCUGUUCAACAAGUUCUCUCCCCUUGAGAAGGGCACCCUCAGGACGGCGAUAGAGGAGCUGGCCGGGUCACUGCAAUUCCCGCUCACCAAGCUGUUUGUGGUGGACGGGUCCACGCGCAGCGCGCACAGCAACGCCUACAUGUACGGCUUCUUCAAGAACAAGCGCAUCGUCCUCUACGACACCCUCAUCGAACAGUGCAGCGAGGACCAAGUCGUGGCCGUCCUCGCACAUGAACUGGGGCACUGGAAGCUGGGCCACACGCUGAAGAACCUGAUCCUGACCCAGAUGCAGAUGCUGUGCACAUUUGCACUCUUCUCCCUGGUGAAGGAGUCCACAGGGCUCUUCACCUCCUUUGGCUUUGUCAACCAGCAGCCUGCAUUCAUCGCUUACACCCUCUUCAGCAUCAUUUCUGCCCCCGUCAACGAGGUGGUGGGCCUGCUGAGCAACAUCCUCAGCCGGAGGUUUGAGUUCCAGGCGGACGCGUUCGCGGUGUCCCUCGGAAAAGCAGAGGAGCUCAAACAGGCGCUGAAGAUCCUGGAUGCCAAGAACCGCAGCGCUGUGAAUGUGGACCCCCUCUACAGCGCUUACCACCACAGCCACCCUCCUCUGGUGGAGCGGCUUACAGCUGUUGAUGCAGCCACCAAGAAGGGGGAGUGAGGGGGAGAUGCUUUGACAAGGUCACUUGCCGAGCUGACUUCUCAGUGAGGACCAGUUACUUCACUACAUAACCCAGGAGAGAAUGCGUGCAUGAAAUUUGGUGCAAGCGCCAACGUAGAGAGGAAGGGGUGCCUCGCUGUGUAAACAGGAGUGUAUUG